AUGAUCGGUGCAUAUUGGGCAAUGAUUAUCCGCGGCAUCUUCUGUGUUAUCCUAUACGGCGUGCAAGCAACGCUCGGUGGCAAUGCUGUUCGGUGCAUGCUCGAAGCCAUCUGGCCGUCUUUUGCCCACUGGCAUCUCAACAGUCUCCCAGCGAGCGCGGAUAUCUCAGCUCCUGACCUGCUAUGCUUUGCUUUGUUCUGGCUGGCCUCGUUCCCGAUGCUCUUCGUGCCCAUGUCUUCGCUACGUUGGGUGUUCGCCGUCAAGAUCGCCAUCAUGCCAUUCUUCUAUGUCGCCCUCUUCACAUGGGCCUUGACGGCAGGUCACGGUGUGGGACCACUGUUUUCCAUUCCAACCAAGAUCACGAGUGGUUGGUCCGUCGGUUACGUCUUUUGUUCAACCAUCUUGGCUACCAUAGGGGGUAAUGCGACCUUUGCAGUCAAUAUGGCAGACAUCACUCGAUAUGCAAAGAAUCCACGGAGCGCAGCGAUCGCACAAGCGUUCGCGUUGCCGAUUUGUAUCACGAUGACAAUAAUGGCAGCAACCGCACAAGUGGUAUACGGCGAGGUCCUCUGGAAUCCUCUGACAAUCAUCCUGCUCUGGAACAAUAGAACAGCAAAGUUCUUUGCGGGCUUCCUGUUUGCCUUUGCGACUAUCGCAACAAAUGUGACCGGAAACAGCAUUCCAUUCGCACACGACAUCAUGGGCAUCUUUCCCCGGUACAUGAACGUUCGACGAGGACAAGUCCUUUGCGCCAUUCUAGGAUUCGCCAUGAAUCCUUGGGUCAUACAAGCCCGCGCGUCUCGUUUCUUCAACUUUGUGGGUGGAUAUUCGAUAUUUCUUGGGCCAUUGGUUGGGAUUAUCCUCUGUGAUUACUUUUUCAUAAGAAAGUCGAAGCCGUACAAUAUGCUACAUCUGUAUCGAGCAGAGGGACUGUACUGGUACUGGAAGGGGUGUAACCUUCGAGCGCUCUCGGCGUGGCUGACUGGAGUGAUUCCUCUGCUGCCAGGCCUGAUCCACAAUAUUAACCCGAACAUCAAGAUGGGCAGAGGCAUUGUGGAGUUUUUCACCAUGGGUUGGCUUGAGGGAUUGAUCAUCGCAGCAAUCACGUACUACUUGCUGUGUCUGGCGUUCCCAUUCAGUAUCGUCGUCAAUGAUGGCUCUGAUGUCGUCAUAGAAGCGAAGGACGAAGAGUCCGUCAGUCAGAUUCCAGCUACAGGGAAGCCUGUUGAUAUCGUGGGCUCCAAGGAGAUAUGA